CAAUGGAAACUUUGAACAAACAUAACCUCUAAUCAAAACAAAGCAAAAAACCUAAAACUACCUCCUUAGAGGCCCAAAAUCAGGAACACGCGAGUCAAAUCUCAUACUGGUAAAUUUUCUGGAUGACAAGCAAGAACACAAACCCAUAUAAUUCAAUGGAAAUUUGACUAACUGUUCUGACAACCUUACUACCAAACAUUAUAUAUAUUGUUUCUAGUUCUCAGGUUAAUUUCAUAAGAAAAAAAUGUCUAGGCAGGACAUGAUACCCUCGCUCACGCCCGAACUUGCCAUUGAGAUCCUCAAUAAAACCCUGGACUACCUCCAAAAACCGGAAAACCACCAAAAAAUCGAAGAGGCCCGCGAUAAUGUGGGCAACGAAAUGCUGAAAAUGAUGCAGUACAUCUUCCCGAUAGUGAUGGAGAUCCAGAUUGAAGUGAUUAAGUUGUAUGGCUUUCCAGAGACUAGAGAGGGAAUAAUUAAGUUUACACAGAUGGUGAGAAACCUGGAGAGGGAAGACAGUGAGGUGGCUCGACUGCACGAUUUGAUUAAGAGGUACUACUUACCUCCUGUACCGGCGAAUACUAAUAGUGAGUCUGGAGAGGAAAGAACUAGCAGUACUUAGGGAAUAUAAGAAACAAAAAUAUCAUUUGAUUUUGAGGACUCCUCCAAUUUGUUUAAGCUGUAAAGGAGACGGAUAUGUAUACAAAAAGUAUACUUAACAAACGGCUUUUAAGAAAUAUUUAUGGUUAGUUAAGUUACUAAGUUAUUAUAGUGAGCAAUUUAUAUUAAUUUUUUUUUUAUAUAAUUUUUUUGUAACAUGGUUGAUCCUUAUACUAAAUAUAUAUAAAAGUGCAUCAAAAAUUAAACAA